AUGGCUUUGCACGUCGCCGUUCGGCGUUUGGCAGCGCAGCCGCUAGCGGUAGUUGUGCCAGCCACCAGCAACUCGGGAGCUCAAGCGGUGAGGUCGUUGCUGGCGAAGGGCCAGGUGAGAGUCCGUGCUGCAGCGCGUAGUGCGGAGAGGGCCUCGAAGCUGCUGACCGAUUGUAAGCAGGCCGAGCUUGUGUCGGGCAUCGAUGCAGCUCGAGUGGAGACGGUGGCGCCGGCCUUCGCGGGCGCGCAGCUGGCAGUGAUCGUGACGCCCCAUGAUCCCGCAGCUGGCAUGCACGACGACGCGGCCAUGACCGCCAACAUGAUCAAUGCUGCCAGGGCUGCGGGCGUUGAACACAUUGUCUACAUUGGCAGCUGGACUGUCCAUGCGCCUGAGCAGCUGAAGGGCCUCGCCUCGCGAUUCGUCCCAUCUGAGAAGCUCUUGAAGGAGCUCAGCGAAGACGGGGGGCCCAACUUCACCUCUCUCCGCAGCGGCUUCUUCUUCCAGAAUUACUUAGCUUGGAAGGAGGGCAUCCAGGCGGGCUGCGUGCGGUGGCCCAACUUCACCAUCCCCGCGGUGGACCCCCGCGACAUGGGCCGCGCGGCGGCCGCCGUUUUGGGCGACCCAAGGCCGCACCGGGGGAGGUGCUACGAGAUCAGCGGGCCGCGGAAGCUCACCACCAAGGAGGUCGUGGGCAUCUUGAGCAAGAAGCUAGGCAAGGAAAUCAAACACGAAGAGCUGCCCUACGACGCGCUCACCUUUCUUCCGCCCUUCUUGCAAGAGCUGUUCCUUUACAUGGGUCAGAAGGGCGAGGCGGCGGUGCCUUUCUCAGAAGACACGAUGAAGCUUUGCGGAGAGCACACUACAUUCGAGAGCUGGCUGGAUGACGGCUUCGUCAAUGCCUUCAAGGCUUGA